AUGUCCACCAACUCCUCUUCUCCUCCCCCACCAUCCGGUGAUGUGCCUCCAUCCAAUUCUCCCGGUGCACCUCCCCCGUCGCCGUCGUCGUCGUCGGUUGUCUCGAGUAAUGGAGGGUCAUGUACCAUUGACAAAAAUGUUCCUUAUCUUGAAACAGUCCUAAAAAAGAGGACUAGAAAUGGUGAUGAAAUGGGAGCCGGGGCGCCCUCGGUGCCACCUCCACUGAGGGCGGUAGUUCCUCCGGCAGCCCCAGCGACGACGUCGGCUGUGGCGGCUUUGGCAGUGGUAUUCACAUGUUGUAUAUGUAAUGUAGGAUUUGAUUCUGAGAAAAGUUUAUCUGGGCAUAUGAGGGUGCAUCCAGAUAGACCGUGGAGGGGAAUAUAUCCACCUCCAGUGUUUACAGUGGAGGAUUUUGCAGAUGUUAAAGAACUGUUGAAUGAUCCAGAAGAAGAAGAAGAAGGAGAAGAUGAAGAAAAUGAGGUGGCUGAUGGUGGUGAGGAGGUGGCGGCUGGUGGUGGUGGUGGUGAUGGGGAGGGAGAGUUUGGGGGGAGGAGGUGGAUUCUCCCCGACUUGAACAAAACUCCUUAA